AAAGGAUAGUCACCACGCAAAGGUUUGAAGAUAAGAUUCCCAUCUCCCAAAUAUAACAGAUGACCAUUAUGCUCAGAAAGUAGCAGCGGUGGUGGGCAGGAGGAACCAGAAACAACACAAAAAUGAGCUGGUGGUGGGCAGGAGCCAUUGGAGCUGCAAAGAAAACUUUUGAUCCCAAUGAUGUGCCGCCCAAAUACCAGAGCGUGGCUCUGGUUCUCGGCAUCACUGGGAUAGUCGGCAAUAGCCUUGCCGAGAUUCUCCCCCUGGCCGACACACCCGGCGGGCCAUGGAAGGUAUAUGGUGUGGCCCGCCGGCCUCGUCCGGCGUGGAACGCUGAUCAUUCGAUUGAAUACAUUCAGUGUGAUCUCUCAGACCCUCAUCAAACACAUGCUCAGCUGUCCCAGCUGACCGAUGUCACUCAUGUAUUUUAUGUGACGUGGGCAAGUAAGCCCACGGAAGCUGAGAACUGUGAGGUCAACGGCAACAUGUUUCGGAACUUGCUGGAUGCUGUGAUCCCAAAUGCACCAAAUCUGCAGCACAUAUGCUUGCAAACGGGCCGGAAGCACUAUCUCGGUCCGUUUGAGAUGUUGGGCAAGGUCGAGCCUCAUGAGCCACCGUUUCACGAAGACCUUCCGAGGCUCGACGUGCCCAAUUUUUACCACACAUUGGAGGACAUUUUGUUUGAGGAGGUGAAGAAAAAGGAGGGUUUGACAUGGUCAGUGCACAGGCCUAGCGUGAUAUUCGGGUUUUCGCCUUAUAGCUUGAUGAACAUUGUGGGGAGCCUCUGCAUUUAUGCCGCAAUAUGUAAGCACGAGGGGAAGAAACUGAGGUUUACGGGGAGCAGAGGGGCGUGGAACGGGUACUGGGAUGUCUCGGACGCUGACUUGAUAGCCGAGCACCAGAUUUGGGCAGCAGUUGAUCCAUAUGCCAAGAAUGAGGCUUUCAAUUGCAGCAAUGGGGAUGUGUUUAAGUGGAAGCAUAUGUUCAGGGUUUUGGCAGAGCAGUUCGAGCUUGAGAUUGAGGACCUUGGCGAGGAGGGCGGAUCGGAGGCGAGCUUGGAGGAGAUGAUGAAAGAUAAGGGGCCGGUGUGGGACGAGAUUGUGGAAGAGAAGGGUCUGGUUCCUACCAAGUUGGAAGAAGUUGGCAACUGGUGGUUUGUGGAUAUAUUGUUUGGAGUUGAGACAAGUCUGGACAGCAUGAACAAGAGCAAAGAACAUGGUUUUGUGGGGUUCAGGAAUUCAAAGACGUCGUUUUUAACUUGGAUUGACAGGAUGAAAUCUCAGAGACUUGUUCCUUGAUGUUCUUGUUACAAAAUCGUUGUUGUAAUAAAUGUUCAAUAAAAAAUAAAACCGGAAGAUAUA